UUGCGAUACCAGAAGAAUUCCAUCUAAAUAUUUCUAGAUAGCUUGAAUUAUCCAGAAUGGAGUCUGGUGCCCAACCAACAGCAACGAUCGCGACCUCGACGUCAACUGAGGGUUCAUUAAAGUAUGGCAGUUUGGUAUUAUGGGAUGCAACUUUUGUCUUCUCGAUAGUUUCAUUCCCAAUUAUGGCCAGUAACGAAGGCUUCGACGCAGUCCAUGAAUUCAGUUACAUACUGGCCGCUUGCGUGAUCUCCACGGUGUACACACUGUUGCAAAAUAUUCGUCAAAUUUACUACAUCUCGACGGGGAAUUCUCUGUUUGAGGCAUGCACUUCGAGCGCUAUUGAUUUCUUUGGAGAUCAGAUUGUUGCGUACUUGUUGAUAUCAUCUGCAUCAGCAGCAGCUCCAACUAUUUCUUCAUUAAAGGAAUACGAAGAUUCGGUGGGAGGAAAUCACAGUGCAUCAAGCAAGAGUGCAGCUUCCACAGGGAUGGCUUUCGUAGCAUUCUUUCCUUUGGCCCUGUCAGCUAUGUUAUCUGGUUAUAAGCUCUCUACCAAAACUUACAUCUAAACUUCCCAAAACUAAUUUGUUUUACUGUAACGUGCUUGCUUUUGUACCAAUUGUGAUUAUACAGUACCCCAUAUAUGUAAAGUAAUAUAUUUUGUCAUUUAAUUCAG